AUGUUUGGACAGCCACAGGGAGGCUUCGGAGGCGGUGGCCUGUUUGGUGCUAACACUGGCGGUGGCAUGUUCGGGCAAAACACUGGCGGUGGCAUGUUCGGGCAAAACACUGGCGGUGGCAUGUUCGGGCAGAACACCGGAGGUGGCAUGUUCGGGCAAAACACCGGAGGCGGCCUUUUCGGAGCCCAAAGCAGCCCGUUUGGAAACACAGGCGGCAGUGGUGGCCUUUUUGGGGCUCAGCCGAACUCCGGUGGCGGCCUCUUUGGCUCCGGGGCUGGGGCUGGGUUCGGCUUCGGCCAGACGCUUGGUCAACCUUCCGGCGGCGGCGGCGGCCUGUUUGGAGGAGGAGGCGGCUGCGGCUUUGGGCAGCCUUCUGGAGGAGGCAUGUUUGGCCAGCAGCCAGCGCCAGGAGGCAUGUUUGGGCAGAGCUCGGGCGGCGGCCUCUUUGGUCAAGCUAGGUCAGGUGGAGGGCUUUUCGGACAACCAGCUCAGGGUGGCAUGUUUGGUGGUGCUGGUGGUGGCUUUGGAGGUGCAACAUCUCCUGGCACCACAACCAAAAUGCAAGAGAUCAUCGAUCAAGAAACGAAAUUGAAGUAUGGCCAUAUUGGCGUCAUGGACUGCUACAAGAACAAGUCCUUCGAAGAGCUUCGCAUGGAAGAUUACCAGGCCAACCGCCUACAAGCAGGACAAGGCUCUGCAGCUCCAGCAGCCUCCGGCGGACUUUUCGGACAAAGCUCUACCCCAUUCGGUGGUGCCAGCAGCUCCGGUGGCGGCCUGUUUGGCGGUGGCAACGCGGGAGGCCUCUUCGGCGGCGGGCAGAACACCGGCGGUGGCCUCUUCGGACAAAACACUGGCGGCGGCCUCUUUGGUCAAAGCAGUGGGGGCGGACUAUUUGGGGCAAACACUGGCGGCGGUUUGUUUGGUGGCAACACUGGCGGCAUGUUUGGUGGCAACACUGGUGGCGGGCUCUUCGGCGGCCAGAACACGGGCGGUGGCUUAUUUGGACAGUCCAGCGGAGGGGGCAUGUUCGGUGCCAACACUGGAGGCGGACUGUUUGGUGCCAAUGCUGGAGGCGGUAUGUUUGGGCAAAACACUGGCGGCGGCAUGUUUGGCCAGAACACCGGCGGCGGCCUAUUUGGCCAGAACACCGGUGGCGGACUCUUUGGACAAAGCCCUGCUGGGGGUGGCCUUUUCGGACAAAACACGGGUGGCGGCCUUUUUGGGGGCAACACUGGUGGCGGGCUGUUCGGAGCCAAGCCUAGCGGUGGGGGUUUGUUUGGCGCAAGUUCCGGAGGAGGAGGCCUCUUUGGCGGCAACAGCGGGGGCGGCCUUUUUGGUGGCAACACCGGCGGAGGGCUCUUUGGUAACACAGGUGGGGGAAUGUUCGGCGGCAACACGGGUGGAGGAUUGUUCGGACAGAACACGGGCGGAGGGAUGUUUGGACAGAAUACAGGAGGAGGUAUGUUCGGACAAAAUACUGGUGGCGGCCUGUUUGGUGGCAACGCUGGCGGAGGAUUAUUUGGCAAUUCUGGCGGCGGCGGCCUGUUUGGUCAGAGUAGUGGCGGUGGCCUGUUUGGCGCAAAUACGGGAGGCGGCUUGUUUGGCAACAGCGGAGGCAUGUUCGGAGGCCAGAACACUGGAGGAGGUUUGUUUGGCAACAGCGGAGGCGGCCUUUUUGGAGCGAAGAGCAGCGGAGGAGGCUUGUUUGGUGGCAGCUCAGCUGGUGGCCUUUUUGGAGGGAACACUGGCGGACUGUUUGGCAAUUCUGGAGGCGGUCUUUUUGGAGGCGGAGGCGGGCUUUUCGGCAACUCCGGUGGCCUCGGCGCAAGCAGCGGCGGCUUGUUCGGCGCAACGGCGGGGGGCCUCUUUGGAGCCAGUCCUGCAGUGGGAAUGCCUGGCAUGGCGGGCCUGGGCGGCAUGAUGUCACCCAGCGACCCCUAUGGCCUUGGUGGCCUAGUAACCGCAAAUCAUGCGCCUCCCAGGCCGCUGGGAUUGACUGUGCCCAAGACGCCUUCUCACGCAAACUCUGCUUAUUUGUGGAAAUCGCAGCCAGAUGCUUCUACAAAGGCGCGGCCAUCCACCCCGUCAAGAUCCACAUCAGAGGGCUCUGUGGCUGAGCGCUCUCCACGCAGUGCUUCUUUCAGCUUGCCACCGUCCGCAAUGACGGACCACAUUCGAUCCUACGGUAGCUCCACGCCACGUAGCCGACCAGCAACCCCAACUUCAGGGCCCGAUGUUUCACCCUCGGCGUUCCUCCGCGUGUCCAUGAAGCCAAAGUCUCCCAAAUCGCCAGUGCCGAUCUCGCCAAGACGCACGCUUGAUGAGGGCCUUCCUCCACUGAGGCGGCCGUGGGAUGCACAAGUAGAUGGUACGACGGGUGGAACUGGCACCCCGACUGCUGCAGUGGAGGAGGUGGCCACUCCUACCCUGAAGCCGAUCAAGCCCAACAUCGUCAGACAUGGUCCAGAUAGGUCUGGUGACGAGGCGCCCGCCACAGAAGUUGCUGCGGCAUCCCUGGUGCCCAAGCUUACACGGGCCGACUACUACAGCAAUCCAUCAGUGGAAGCUAUGUCCAGGAUGAGUGAGACGCAGCUGAGCCGGGUCGACAAUUUGGAGAUUGGGCGCUAUGGAUUUGGUUCUGUCAAAUGGCCAGGACUGACUGACGUGCGAUGCCAUGACUUUGAUCGAGAUGUCCGAAUCGAGCGUGGCAGCUUGACGCUCUAUCCUGACAGGGAGAAGCCAGACGUGGGCCAGGGGCUCAACAAAGAGGCGGUUGUCACACUGCACGUCAAGCCUACUAGGAGUGAUGCGAAGCCCAAGAGCCUGGAGCAGCUGCAGUCCAGACUCUCCAAGCUGUCAGAGGAUUUCGGGGGCAAGUUCAUUUCCUACGACAUGGAAAGGUGGAUCUUCAGAGUCCCACACUUCAACGGCUAG